AUGACCUCUCGAGGCCUCCGCUCCACCGACUCGUCGCCACAUGGUUCGCCGGGAUCCCACCCCGAGCCCUACGAUCCCUUCCGCUCAGACAACGACCCCAUCGAGCUGGCGCGCCUAUCCAGAACCUCGCUCGACCAUGGCGACGACACAUAUGCCGCCCGGGGACGCUCCCCGCCUCGCGACUUGAAUGACGACCCCCGCGGCCGAGCACAGUCCGGCAACUUGUUCGGACUGUCUCAAGGCAGUGGCGAAUACGAACCUGUCCGCAUGCGAAACAAUAGCAUUGGGCCCUCUCUGCAAUCACAGAGCGUCAUCGGUCUGUACAGCAACAAGACGAGAGACGCCGACACACAGGCUCUAGUCGACAGGAGGGCGGGUGAAUUGGCGCAAUGGCACAUUUACUGGACAACGCCCGCCCUCAUGAUAACGCUAUUCGUCGCGGGCUUCGCCGCAGCAGUCGGCCACCAUGUCUUCUAUGACCACCUAAACGGAGAGCCGGCUACAGCGCAGUUGAGAAUGGUUCGAUAUGGCACAGCACUGGCUUUUUUCGUCAGAAGCACCCUCGUCGGGACCGCCGUCAUGUGCAAUCGUCAACGCAUCUGGUACACAUUCCGGCGGAAAGCAAUGACAAUCAAAGGCAUCGACGGUCUGUUCUCGGCUCCUGAAGACCCCACGCAGUUCUUCACCAACUGGGAAAUGACUAGAAAUGGCAAGCUGGCAACCUUCAUGGCAGCUUGCACAUGGCUGAUACCCCUGGCCUCUGUUCUUUCUCCCGCCUCACUUACGUCUGAGCUCAGAACCUUGAACGAAACUGCCGUAUGCUCUGCAGCGAACCUCAACUUUGAGCAGGAGUCUACGUAUGACUUUCGCGACGCUGCCAUGUUCUACAAAAAGUCUUUGAGUUUCAGCAAUACAACGGACAUCAAGGCGGAGAAACCGGGCUGGUUUGAUUAUUACGACCAGCCGUCCAAGACCGCUCGCCGCUUGGCCUUCAGCAGCGUGUACGUGCAAAAGCCACAGCCCCGCGAUAACGCCGCGACCUCGUUUUGUGGGCAAAGCUGGAAUUGCACAUACUCGAUCAACUUUAUGGGUCCGGGAUACAAAUGCGAGGAUAUCGACUUUGCCGAUGGCACAAAGACACCCUUCUCCAUGGACCUACUUGCACCCAAAGGAAACCUUACCUACUACGCAGACGUCGACCAGGGUGAUUACGGAUACCAGAAUCCAGACACAAUGGGAGACUCUUUGGGCGUCAUGAAAAGCGAACCCAUCAUUUGGAUAGGCUACGCAAUCAACACCUCGACGCCCUACCCCAAGGACUCGCCAUUGUACCCAAUAUGGGGAAACGUCCAUGAGCCAAAAAUGUUCAAGUGCGUCAUGCACUACACCAACUACACUUUUGAAAUGUCCUACAGCCCCAAGCAAAACGCAACGCGCAAGCAGCGCGACUUCCUCAACCCGGUAAUCGACACGACCGUUGAAUGGGACGAGACCAAUGCCACUUGGACCGCGUCUCCCGAGGAGAACUUCAUCAGGCCCAAUACUGACGUGGGAAAAUACAAAGUAACGAGCGCCUACCACACGCUGGGCAAGCUCCUGCGUGGCUUUUUACGUGGGAAAAUCGAAAAGAACAAAGUCCUCAUCACCUACACAGACCUCUCCGAAACGCGGCUCGCCAACAGCAGCACCGCGUAUCCGCUGGUGGAUCUUAUGACGGAAAUGCAAGAUCUCUUCGAAGACAUUCUCAUCACUUUGCUCAGCGAGCCCAACCUCGUCAUCGCCGACGCGCAGGAUCUGGCGUGCCAAAAGUCGCAAACCCGCAUGGUCUACGUCUACUACAAGCAGAACCUCUGGAUCGGCUACGCCAUCGUCAUCGCCGUCACCUUUGCCUUCAUGCUCGUCGGCGCAUGGUCCCUGUACCGCAACGGCGUCGCCUCCGAUGUCCUCUUCUCCCGCAUCAUGGUCACCACGCGCAAUCCCACACUCGACCAUCUCAGCGUAGGCGCCUGCCUCGGCGGCGACCCGUUCCCCAAGGACCUGACCAAGACCAAACUGCGCUUUGGCGUCUUGCUCGAAGACGAUCCCAAGGAAGGCCCCCUGGGCAAAGUCGAGCAUUGCUGCUUUGGCACCGUUGGCGAGACCAAGGAAAUCGUAAAGGGAGGCACCUAUGCCGAUAGCAAUGCCGCAUGCGUGGAUGAAAAGGAGCCCUUGCUUUGGAGCGACCAGGACCUCUCUGGAAAUGAGUGA